AUGGGGCUUGUGUGGAGGGCCGCGAAGAUGCUUGAUGCGUCAUGGCACGUGGCUUGGGCCGCUGGUACUGAGCUGGCGUUCAUUCACGCCAGCAGCAGCACGGUGGGGUACCGACCGCAUGUGCGCUCCACCACGCUCGCCCAUCUCAUUGCCACCAACGGCGCUCCACUCAUGCUCCCCAUCCUCCCCAUUCGAGAUCGCAUCCGAGACAAGGUGGAGGAGGCGUUUGGCAUGCAGCUGGGGCUGCUGGUGGAGUUCACGGGGAUCAUCAGCUGGCUGCCUGGCGCCACCAUUGGCUGGCAUGCUGAUGACAACAGGCCCUACCUCAAGCAACGCAAAUUCGCUGCAGUGUGUUAUCUGAACGAGUAUGACAAGGACUUCGAUGGAGGCCUUUUCAGGUUUCGACAGGGUCAUCCUCACACUGUCACUCCCAAGCCCGGGCGACUGGUGGCAUACUCGGCUUCAGGGGAGAAUGAGCAUUGCCUUGAUCCUGUGAUUCGGGGUCAACGCCUCACCCUAACUCUCUGGUUCACACUCAACCCGUCACACAGCGAAGACCCCUCCCUCCUCACCCUCCUCUCUCGCAUCCCCCUCUCCCUCCGCCCUCCCUUCCCUCGCAUUACCCUCAACCUCCCUCUCAUGGGGGAUGUGGGACCUGGAAAGGCCCCGGAAGCUGGCAAGAAUGCCAAGGUGGAAGCCAUAUCUGAGGACAGGGGCAUUAGGGAUGUGGUAUGUGGGGCGAACCAGCAGCAGUUGGCAUUUGAUGAGGUUGGGAAAACAGGUUUGGGGGCACCAGAGGGGAAUGAGAAAGAGGGGAGCAGAGAGGAUGGAGGGAUGGAAAGGGAGGAGGGGAAUGAGGCAGUGCUGGUGCCCGUACCGCUUGUGGCGUCUGAUUCUCUGUAUCUUGUGCAGAAGGAAGGGCAGGGGAAACUGGGAGAGUGGGAGGAUGGUGAAGUGGAAGGAGGAGAACCGCAGGAAGGGAGCGAGGCUGGAAAAGAGGGGCAGAGAGAGGAAGAGGUUGAUAUACGGAUACAGGAGCUGGCCAGUAUGGGAUGGAAGGCUGUUCCAUUUCUGCGGACCAAUGGCAACGCCAUGAUGCAGUUACCUCCUGGAAGUGAUGACGCACCAUUACUGGAGGCAGAGUCCGAGUGGGUGGUGUUAAUACCUAGUCCAGGUUCAACCUCAGGGCAAGAGGGCGAGGAUAGGACCAGCCUUGAUCGUAUAGCUGCUCCGUUUGAUUUGCCUCAAGGACUCGUGAGAAGCUCAGGAGACGCAGACACAGCCUCGCUGGAGGACGAUUUCGGCCUUGCGAAUCCGCCUGCUGGGUCGGCUGAAGCAAGUGAUGAGCGGAGGGAGGUCGCUGAGGGUGGUGGUCAAGCAGCAGGGCAACAGAAGAAACGAAAGAGACAGUCCGCUGCGGGUCUGGGAGCAGGAGCCGUUGCUCUCCCCGGUAGGCAUCUCUACCAUCUGCCUGCAACUUCCUGCAAUGCUGUGCUGGUGUUAGUUGAUGCGUGA